AGACCUUUUUUGAAUGAGCACAAUAUUUAUUAGUUGGUGAUUGUACGGAGUAGACUUAUUGCCGGGUUUAGGUAAUAACACUGCUGAGCAGUUCGAAAACUGUUAUUACGACAUUAGGCUGACUUCUUGUUUAAAGUACACAGUGAGACGACUUCCACAUACGGUAGCAGAUAUUCUUUUUGAAUAAGGUAGAGAUAUUUUAUCUUUCCGAUACGGUAGCGAACUUUUUCGAAUAACCAAAAUAUUUACGGUGUUUGUACGGAGUGGACUUAUUACCGGGUUCAACAAAACUCUAGACUUAGUGAGCAGAUCAAAAACUAUUAUUAAGACAUUGAACUUACUUGUUGUUAAUAGUAGGCCUACACAGUGAGAUGACUUGCGCGUACGGCAGCAGAUAUCUCAAUCUGGGUGAGCAGAAGCCUUUUGAUUUACGACUAUUUGUAAACGUAUCCAUAGGAGACUUGCGCUACGAAGCAUUAUUAGAUACUGGUGCCAAGGAAACCCGAAUAAAUUCGCAAGUUGUUCAAGAUCUCGAAAUGAAAGGCUUAAUACAUUAUUUGCCUCAAUCACAUGUCACCGUCAUGCCGAACGGAAUGGUGGGGAGAGAAGAAUCUAAGGUUGUGACAUAUGGAGUUAUGAAUGAGUGUGAGUUACGACUUAUAGCAUUGGUCACGGAUUGUCUGGAGUAUGAUUUGAUUUUGGGGAUGCCGUUUUUGGUGGAACAUAAGGUGAUUAUCCAUAACCACACUCGUACCGUUAUGUGGGAACCGAAUACUGUUGAAAUACCUGCACAAUACUCAUGGUUAAUAUGCGGAACCGUCAAUCAAACCCCAAAGGAAGUCAACAUUCAGCCCAGAACUUCCUCACAGCUUAGCAUCAAUUCCGGGAUGAGGUCACCAACUAGCUCAAUUUCCACCAAUCGGUCGCCGACACCAAAAGUGUACUAUCAAAGGACUACGCCCGGUCAGAGGAGACGCGCUGGGAAACCAAGGAUCAGAGUUAUAUGCGAAAACGGCAAAAAAGCGUGGAAAACGGUGGAUCGUCCCAAACCAGCAUCUUUCAAAUAACUUCUCAAAGAGGUACAUAUUGAAUAAUGGACACCUACAAUUGCACUGGACAUUGGAAUAGAAUGUAUGUA